AUGACCAUGAGAGUUGCCUACAUCUUCACCACAUCCAUCUCAUUCCUUCUCUUGCUUAUCUCCGUUGCGCUUGCAAAGGAUCAUGGCAUCAGCUACCUUGGGCCAGGUUCCUCCAUCUCCACCAACAGCAGCAGCAACAGCACAACCACCACCAUCCUUUUAUCGCCCAGCGGUGCCUUCGCCUGUGGGUUCUAUAGGGUGGCCACCAACGCUUUCACCUUCUCCAUCUGGUUCACCGGCUCAUCAGGGAAGACCGUCGCUUGGACGGCUAACCGCGAUGUGCCCGUGAACGGUAGGGGAUCCAGGCUCUCCUUCCAAGAGCACGGGGGCUUGGCCCUGCUUGACUACGAUGGCACGGCCGUCUGGAGCACCAACAUGACCGCCGCUCGUGCAAGCCGAGCAGAGCUUCUCGACAGCGGCAACCUUGUCGUCGUGGAUCAGGACCAUCGGCAACUUUGGAAGAGCUUCGACUCAGCGACCGACACGCUUCUGCCAUCCCAGCCCAUGACCCGGUACGUACAGCUGGUAUCUGCAUCUGCCAGGGGUCUGCUCUACACAGGGUUCUAUACGUUGUACUUUGACAGUGACAAUCAGCUAAAACUCAUCUACGAUGGCCCCGAGAUUAGUAGCAUAUAUUGGCCCAACCCUGCCAACAAACUGUGGGUAAAUCAGAGGAGCGCUUACAACCGUAGUCGUUAUGCUGUUCUUCAACAGACAGGCCAGUUUUUCUCGAGUGACAACUCGUCAUUUGAUGCUUCUGAUCUUGGUGAAAAGGUCAUGAGGAGGUUGACUCUGGAUUACGAUGGCAACCUUAGGCUGUAUAGCCUAAACGCAACAAGCGGCGAUUGGUCAGUCUCUUGGAUGGCACUCCGCCGAGUCUGCGAUGUACAUGGACUAUGUGGCAAAAACAGCCUAUGCAAAUACAUACCAAAGCUCGAGUGCUCUUGCCUCGAAGGCUUCGAGGUGGUUGAUGCAAGCAACUGGAGCAAAGGGUGCAGGCGCAAGGCAAACAUAACAGCCAGCUGGGACGACCGGAGAAGACAUGAGGCAAACAACAUGGCCACUUUUUCGUUCAGUAAGCUUGCACAAACUGACUUUUACCAGCAUGACUUGGAGUACGCAGACUCGGUGCCAUUCUUGCAGUGCAAAGAGGCAUGCUCGGACAAUGUUGAUUGCCAAGCUUUUUCGUACCGACGAGGAGAAGGCAAAUGUUAUCCAAAGGUCUCUCUUCUGAAUGGCAAGAACUUCCCAGACCCUUACAAUGACAUUUAUCUGAAAGUUCCCAAGGUAGUGAUGUCUACGCCAGAAUUGGCUUCUACAGUAACCCACGAAUGCAAAAUUCAUGAAAAAGAAGCAGACAUUUCAUCGCGGAUGUUCAAGGGUGCCAUUUCCAAGUUCAAGGUUGGCUACUUCCUUUCUUCAGCAUUAACGCUGCUUUUCAUCGAAGUAGCUUUAAUCAUCGCUGGUUGUUUGGUAGUUUACAAAUGGAAGAUAGGACCAGAGGUUACAGAUGAAGGUUACACGAUAAUAUCCAGCCAGUUCCGAAUAUUUAGUCACAGUGAGUUACUGAAAGCAACCAAUUGCUUCCAGGAAGAGCUAGGAAGUGGUGGGUCAGGAGCAGUUUACAAAGGAGUCCUUGAUGAUGAAAGGACGGUUGCAGUGAAGAAGCUAAACGAUGUGAUCCAUGGAGAGCAGGAGUUCAGGUCUGAGCUAAGUGUCAUAGGCAGAAUUUAUCAUAUGAAUCUGGUCAGAAUUUGGGGGUUUUCUGUCGAGAAGACGUGCAAGCUCUUGGUUUCUGAGUUCAUCGAGAAUGGUUCUUUAGACAGAGCUCUGUUUGAUUACCAAAGAAUAAUCCCUGUGCUCCAAUGGAACCAAAGGUAUAAUAUUGCACUUGGGGUGGCAAAAGGACUGGCCUAUCUCCACCAUGAGUGCCUUGAAUGGAUAGUGCAUUGUGAUGUCAAACCAGAGAACAUAUUGUUAGAUAAAGACUUUGAGCCCAAGAUUGCAGAUUUUGGACUGGUUAAGCUACAAAAGCGAGGAUCAAGAGCACUGAUGUUGUCAAGGGUACAUGGGACCAGAGGAUAUAUUGCACCGGAAUGGGCUCUAAACCUUCCAAUCACUGGCAAGGCCGAUGUUUACAGCUAUGGAGUAGUUCUUCUUGAGUUAGUGAAGGGGAUUCGGGUUUCUAGUUGGAUGGUCGACGCUGAGGAGGAGGUGGAAAUGGCUGUUAGAUGCUCUACUGAAAUUCUUAAAGAGAAACUAGCAGGUGAAGACCAGUCAUGGCUUCUGGAGUUUGUCGACCACAGACUGGAUGGAGAAUUCAACCAUUCAGAAGCGAUGGUAAUGCUUAAGAUAGCAGUAUCAUGUGUGGAAGAAGAGAGGAGCAGAAGACCGAGCAUGAGCCAUGUCUUACCACUUCUCCGCAGUCGUUACUUGGAGGGGUUUGUUGAUGGCACUCUGCCGUGCCCGCCGCCAUACCAUCCAGGGCAUCAUGCGUGGGUGGCUCAGGAUCAGGCCAUCCUCUCCGCCAUCCAGUCCUCUCUUACGGAGGGGGUCUCGUCACUGGUCAUCUUCGCCUCUACAUCUCGGGACGCGUGGACGGCUCUUCACACCAGUUUUGCUUCGCAGUCUCAGGCGCGGGCUCAUGCCAUUCGCACUGCGCUUGGGGAGGUGAAGCUUCAUGAUCUCACCGUCACUGACUACUUCAACAAGGUGAGGGGUAUGGCUGACACACUUGCCUCCAUUGGCAAGGAGCUUGGUCCGGAGGAGUUCACUUCCUAUGUACUCAACGGACUGAGCGACGACUAUGAUAAUUUGGUGGAGAAUAUCAAUGGUCGUGACACUCCCAUCCAGCCACGAGAGUUGUACGCACGUCUCCUUGCUACCGAGCAGCGCAUCCAGGCUCGCCGGUCUACGUCGAGUUUUCCUUCCGCCAACGCUGCAACACGUGGGAAGGGCAAGCCCUCCAAGCCACCAACGGGUGGUAAGCCUCCGCCGACCGCGACUAAUUCGCGGAACACCACUACCUCGACAGGAGGUCGAGUCCGUGCCUGUUGCCCUUCAUGUGGUGCUCAGAUUCCCUGCCAGCUAUGUGGGCUUGAUGGUCACCUUGCUUCUCGUUGCCAUCGUCGCUUCAAGCAGGAUUUCUUGGGGCUUGGGAACAAUGGCAAGGGCAAUGAGAAGCAGGCUGCCCUCGCGACUCAUGAGCAGGGGCAUACUCCUUCUUACCCAGUUGAUGCAUCUUGGUACAUGGAUACGGGGGCUACCAAUCACCUGACGAGUGAGAUGGGCAAGCUCUCUACACAGGAGCCGUACCGUGGACACGAUCAGGUUCGCACCGCUAAUGGGGAAGGACCGGGACACGAGGGACGUACUUCUUAG